UCAAUCAAAAUUCUGGUUCGAAAAGCACAACGGCGGCAUAGCCUGCAACACCCUUCGGAGACUGGGACUGGAGAAGUCGAGUCCCUUUGUAGAGACUUUCCUUCGAUUGUGGAAACGAAUUAGAUAGUGAGUGUCUACGAUAACCCAACACACUCGAAGCCAUGACGACUCGUAUAGCGCCGGGAGUGGGAGCGAACUUGCUCGGCCAACACUCGGCCGAGAGGAACCAAGAUGCCACUGCUUACGUCGGCAAUCUCGACCCUCAGGUUUCGGAGGAGUUACUAUGGGAGUUAUUCGUUCAAGCUGGUCCUGUUGUUAAUGUGUACGUUCCCAAAGAUAGAGUUACUAAUCUUCAUCAAGGAUAUGGAUUUGUGGAAUUUCGAAGUGAAGAAGAUGCGGACUACGCAAUCAAGGUGCUUAAUAUGAUUAAGCUUUAUGGGAAGCCAAUACGUGUAAAUAAGGCAUCACAAGAUAAAAAGAGCUUGGAUGUGGGAGCUAACCUCUUCAUCGGAAAUCUUGAUCCUGAUGUGGAUGAGAAACUUCUUUAUGAUACUUUUAGUGCUUUUGGAGUCAUUGUCACAAAUCCAAAGAUUAUGAGAGAUCCAGACACAGGAAAUUCUCGUGGUUUUGGUUUUAUUAGUUAUGAUUCUUUCGAAGCAUCUGAUGCAGCUAUUGAGGCAAUGAAUGGCCAAUAUCUUUGCAACCGUCAAAUAACAGUUUCCUAUGCCUAUAAGAAGGACACUAAGGGAGAGCGUCAUGGUACUCCAGCAGAGAGAGUUUUGGCUGCUAGCAAUCCUACUUCAAAGAGCAGGCCUCACACACUGUUUGCCAGUGGACCUCCAACGCUUCCAAAUGGACCUCAAGUCAAUGGUGGUAUGGGCGCUCCAGUGCCUCCACGGCCCUUUGCCAAUGGUGCUGUUCCUCCUGGUCCAAUUCCUUCCAUGCGUCCACCGCCACCACCGCAAGGUUUGGCUUUCCAACACAUGCAAGUACCAGGACAACAAGUUUGGCAGGGUCAGCCACAGCAACCUGGCCAAGGUCUUCCACCACCCAUGAUGCACCCACCUCCAGUCCAGCAGCAAUAUAGACCUCCUCCAAACAUGCCACCCCCACCACAACAGGGAGUUCAACUUCCUCAAAGGCCUCUUCCACCACCACCCAUGGGAAUGGGAGGCCAACAACCCAUGGGAGGUCCACAACAACCCCAUCCCAUGGGAGGUCAACAACAACCACAUCCAAUGGGAGGUCAACCGCAGAAUUGGCGGCUACCACCACCGCCACAACAAAGGCCUCCUCAUAUGCCUCAGGGAUUAAUUCCUCCCCCUCCCCCUCCUAAUAACCUCCCACCACCACCUCCUUCGAAUUGAUCCUAAUCUAGUCUGCUGUUGUUUUGAAUCCCCCUUGUUCUUUUUUGUUGCUUAUUGUAGCAUAGUUUUAUAUUUCUAUACUUGUGGCUACUAAACAAUUUGAGAGGGACAUUAGAAGAGCUGAUAUAUGUUCUUUUAAUUUUUCUAAUGCCAGUUUGAGAACUUUUAACAUA